UCGUCUUUUUUCUAUUUAUUAGUUAGAAAGACAUAGGACGUUUUGCUGUUUAGAUGCUAGACCAGUUACAAGCCAAAACCUAUAUCCGCUUUUAGAGAGAAAAAAUAAUUUGACGUCAUUUGCGCUAGCCUUGAUUGAAUCGAAAAAGUUCUCACUAUAUUUUUCGUGGAUAGAAUGAAAGUGAUCGCGAUAUUUGUCCUGUUUGCCGUCAUCUCUAAUGCUCCAAGUGGGUACGGACAAACAACGCUUAAGAAGACAACUUUGCGAUCAACAACCCUUAAGGCAACAACUGUGAAACCAACGACAACUUUGAAGACAACUACCAAGCCAACAACCAUUCUAAAAACAACUAAAAAUCCAACAACUUUGAAAACCACAAAACCAACAACUCUAAAAACAACUACAAAACCAACAACACUAAAAACAACUACAAAACCAACAACCACUCUAAAAACAACAGCAAAACUAACCACAAAAACAACUAUUAGAUCAACAACUCCAUUCCCGCCAUUAUCUACAUCUAGACUUUGCGUCGAUACGAAUUCUACGGCUAGCAACGGCGUCAUUCAACCGUAUUACAACGCAACAACCGGUGGGACGAGUUCUUGCCUAUUCUUUAUCUUUUCGCCGACUGCUACGCGUGUUCAAAUCUCUUGCUCAUCGCUCAAUAUUACUAGCGGUUCGUCGUUGAAUUUUUACGAGGCCAUUGAAAUGGAAAAUGUAAGUGAAUGUAACUUGGGAGAAAAGGUCGCUAACUCCAACACCCCAGUCGUGAACACGGUGUACAAUUCAACCUCCAAUAAGAUGGCCGUGGUGUCUCAAUUCGGUAGCAAAGACUGGUUUAGAUGCAAGUGGGCGGUCAUGUGAACAGCUUAACAUUUCAAUUUUAAUUAAGAAACUGAUCCACAUAUAUUCCUAUUAAUUUUAUCUGCCGGUAUUGGAUUUAAAAUUUGACUAAAUUUGACACAUUAAUAUUACACGGGCCAAUGUUGUAGUCUGAGACUUCAAUAUCAGUGUUUCAUCUCAGUAUAACUACAACCGCUAUGUAACAUUCACGCGAUGAUAUGAGGCAACUCCCCAAUUAUUCUAUCGUUCAAACAAUGAAAAGUGAAAUACAAUUUUGGCUCAUA